AUGGCAACCGGAAGUUCUAGUGAGGUAAGAAAUGUGAUGGAAUCAUCAAGAGAUGAUGUGUUCCAUUUGCAGAAUUUGAAUAACCUAGGGAUGAUGUUGGUCAGUGUACCACUGAAUGGGAGGAAUUACCUUGCCUGGAGACGUUCCAUGGUUAUUGCGCUGUGUGCAAAGGACAAAAUGGGUUUCAUAACGGGGAAGGUGAAGAAACCAUCAGAAGAUUCACCUCUGUUUGAGAAGUGGAAGCGUGCUGAUUGCAUGGUAAUAUUCUGGUUCUUAGGUGCUAUUUCUAAAGAUUUAGUUGAUUCUUUUUUAUAUGCAUCUUCUGCAAAGGAUUUAUGGAAUGAACUUGAACAACAAUUUGGUGUGAGUAAUAGGCCUUUGCUUUACCAUGUUAAACAUGAGAUUAGUUCUCUCACACAAGGCAAUAUGUCUUUGAUGGCAUACUAUACAAAGUUAAAAAAGUUGUGGGAUGAAUUGGGUUGUUUAAAGCCAAUGCCUGUGUGCACCUGUGAAGGAUGUGUUUGUGGUGCUGCUAAAGCUAUAGCUGAAAUUGAUCAAGAUGAUAAGCUGAUUCAAUUCUUUAUGGGGCUUGGAGAUCAUUACAAUCAUGUGAGAAAUCAAAUCCUGCUCAUGGAUCCAUUACCAGAAGCAAACAAGGCUUAUUCCUUGGCUUUACAUGUGGAAAAGCAGAGGGAAAUUCAUGUUUCGGAAAAUGAUACAAGUGAGAAUGUGGCCAUGGCUGUUAAAGGUGGCUUCAAUAAGAAAGAUGUAGGAAGUAGCAAAUUAAGGAAAGGUGAGAAGAAGGAUGAUAGAUUUUGCACAUAUUGCAAUAAGAGUGGACACAUGAUGGAUGCAUGUUUCAAAUUACAUGAGUACCCAGAUUGGUUUCAAGAAUUGAAACAGAAGAAGUUCAACAAGGUACAGGCACAUGUGGCUAUUCAAGACUGA